AUGGGGAUUCAAACAAGGGGGUUAACCAUCUACAGAGCAAGUCCGGUGGUGUUAUCCGGUGAUGCAAACCCGCGCCGCUGGAUCUUCAAAGAAGUUGAUCCCCCGGCGCAUUCCGAGGGGAUUGAAGACGCCGAACUCAUGGACGUCGAUGUGGUUCAGCCAACGUCACCCACAACAUUUGACCCUCUCGUCUUCGAACAGCUGCGAAUAUGGGUGGACGAGUGCACGCAAAAUCAUGAGUUCUGCAAGAUAGCCACUUCCGGCCAGAAUUCCAUCUUUGGCUUUCAACAGACAAUACGAUUAGUCGACGUCGGACUCGACGAUAGCUCUCCCAUCCGUCUAGUAGAGGGUUUCAGAGUAAACAAGGUCUGGUGCAACACAAUCAGUUACCAAUGGACAGCGGACACACCAAAGACUAGUCUGAAGAGGCAUAACAAAGCCGCUUACUCCCAUACGGUUCCUACGCAGGACUGGCCCAAGGUCUACCAGGACGUCGUGGUCGUUUGUCGCGCCCUUGGUGUUCGGUACAUAUGGAUCGACUCCUUUUGUAUCAUCCAGGAUGAUCUGGAAGAUUGGAAAGUCCAGUCCUCAAUGAUUCAGGAUAUCUACUCCCAUGGUUACCUCAAUCUUGCCAAUGUACUAGGGAAGCACGCCGACGGACUCGAAGUAAAGCGCGAUCCUACGACUACUUCUCCCUGCAUUUUAUCUCGCAAGUUUGAUGAUGGUUCAACGGCAUAUUGGGGAUGCAUCGAAGACGGAAGCUGGCGGGAGCAGAUCCAAGAUGCACCGUUAUACACAAGAGGAUGGUGUUACCAGGAGCGCUUCCUGUCUGCAAGAACGGUUCAGUUUGGUCAGCAACUAUAUUGGGAAUGCAGAGAGCAGUUUGAUUCUGAGUCGGUUCCCUCCAGGAAGGCCUUUUAUGACCUCAAGCAUCCGGACCUCAUGACCACUUUUGAAAAGGAUAAGGAGAGCGCUAGUGGGGCGUUGAGUCCGCAUGAGAUUUGGAACACGGUCGUCAAGAUUUACACCACCACCCAGCUGACGCAGCAAUCCGACAAGUUGGUUGCCCUGAGGGGCGUCUUCAACCGCUUUUGGGAGCGAUUUGAAGCCAAAGCCCAACAAGGUCGGAAUCAGCAAAACAUCGACUGGUGCAUAGCCGGCCUCUGGAAGCGCGACCUCAUCCGCCACCUCCUCUGGCGUCGCGAGACUUACCAACUUGAUUCCAUUCCCAACCCAGAAAGCUGGCCCUCUGAAGAUGACCAGUUCAACGCCCGCGCAACCGAACUCCUAAACCUCUACCCCUCCUGGUCAUGGGCCGCUUGUCCCUCUUACCUCGGUUUCGGCAUCUGUUUUACUACGCAACCUAGUGAUAAGGUUGAGGACAUGAUCGUCAUUGAGAAGAUUGUCCCUCUUAGCCAUACACAAACCGACUACACGGCCUUCGAUCGCUCAGCCCUCAUCCUCCGCGGUCUUCUCUAUGACGGCAUCACCGCCAUUGACAUGGGCCAAGUUUUUUCCGACUGGGCUGCCAAAGCCGAAUCUUCUGGAACCGUCAAGCACCAUGCGCAACUUCUCCGCCGGUCUGCGUGGUGGGUACACUUUGAUCGACCUUUACUCAGCCCUCCGCCUAAACCAGAAAAAGUGGGUGUCCUAAUGAUCAGGUUGGUGGGACUAGGCGAGGCGAGGCAGACAAGGUGGAUGCAUGGGCUUUUGGUGGAGUCAUUGGGAGUAGGGGAAGACGGGUUGCCGACGUAUAGACGGAUGGGUUUUUUCUUGCUUAGGAGUAAGAGGGGGUUGAUUCCGGGGGUGGAGUGGCCGGAACGGUUUGAGACGGGGGAGGAGGCAGAGACUGCGAUUAAGGAGGUUAGGGAGAGGAGGAGGGCGUGGCCUUUGUUGAGGUUGGUUUAG